CCCUCGGCGCCGGCGGCCGGGGAGCCAGGCCCGCGGCGGCGGCGGCGGCGGCGGCGGGACGAUGGGCGGCGCGGCGCGGGCGGGCCGGGCCCGGCUCGCGGCGCUCGCGCUGCUGGCCUGCGGGCUGUGGCCGGCGCGGGCGGACAACGCGAGCCAGGAGUACUACACGGCGCUCAUCAACGUGACGGUGGCGGAGCCGGGCCGCGGCGCGCCGCUCACCUUCCGCAUCGACCGCGGCCGCUACGGGCUCGACUCGCCCAAGGCCGAGGUGCGCGGCCAGGUGCUGGCGCCGCUGCCCAUCCACGGAGUUGCUGAUCAUCUGGGCUGUGAUCCUCAAACCCGGUUCUUUAUCCCUCCCAAUAUCAAACAGUGGAUUGCCUUGCUGCAGCGGGGAAACUGCACAUUUAAAGAGAAAAUAUCACGGGCUGCUUUCCACAAUGCCGUUGCCGUAGUCAUCUACAACAAUAAGUCCAAGGAGGAGCCAGUCACCAUGACUCACCCAGGCACUGGAGAUAUUAUUGCUGUCAUGAUUACAGAACUGAGGGGUAAGGAUAUUUUGAGUUAUCUGGAGAAAAACAUCUCUGUACAAAUGACAAUAGCUGUUGGGACGCGAAUGCCACCAAAGAACUUCAGCCGAGGCUCGCUAGUCUUCGUGUCAAUAUCCUUUAUUGUUUUGAUGAUUAUUUCUUCAGCAUGGCUCAUAUUCUACUUCAUUCAGAAGAUCAGAUACACAAAUGCACGCGACAGGAACCAGCGUCGUCUUGGAGAUGCAGCCAAGAAAGCCAUCAGCAAAUUGACAACCAGAACAGUGAAGAAGGGCGAUAAGGAAACAGACCCGGACUUCGAUCACUGUGCCGUCUGCAUAGAGAGCUAUAAGCAAAAUGACGUCGUCCGGAUUCUCCCCUGCAAGCAUGUUUUCCACAAGUCCUGCGUGGAUCCCUGGCUUAGUGAACAUUGUACCUGUCCUAUGUGCAAACUUAACAUUUUGAAAGCCCUGGGAAUUGUGCCAAACUUGCCCUGCACUGAUAACGUAGUGCUUGAUAUGGAAAGGCUCACCAGGACCCAGGCCGUUAACCGAAGAUCAGCCCUCGCUGACCUCGCCAACGACAACUCCCUCGGCCUCGAGCCGCUUCGAACGUCGGGGAUCUCGCCUCUCCCUCAGGACGGGGAGCUCACUCCAAGGACGGGAGAGAUCAACAUCGCAGUAACAAAAGAAUGGUUUAUUAUUGCCAGUUUUGGCCUCCUCAGUGCUCUCACACUCUGCUACAUGAUCAUCAGAGCCACAGCUAGCUUGAAUGCUAAUGAGUGGCCACUUCUUUCAUCGAAGCUCUCUGUCCCCUCGGAGCCUGGUGUAUGAGAGCGAAUUCUCCACACUUGAACCUUCUUUGGACAUGUAUGAUGAGAACAAAACCUGAUUUUUUAAAAAGGGGCCGUUGGGGUCACCUCUUCUGUGAUUUGAUACAUGAUCACCUUCCUUGUUUUGUAUUCUUCUGUCAGCGUCUGUUUUGGAAGAACGGCGGUGCUUUCCAAGCUCAGGUUGGGGCUCCGGGUUGGAUGGCAAAGACCCCCUGGUGAGGCUUUGAGAACAGCCUAUUUCCCAGGUGACCUGGUGGCACCCAAAGCCGCCCCCCGCUGGCCGCAGACCACGGGCCCGACAAGCCCGGCUGUUUGCAGAAGAGUCGGCCCCGGAGAACGGUGCGUCGUAAACGAGUCUGAGCAGCCACGCGCUCUGGGCGGGGCGAUGCUGGCAUUUUUAAAUACCUUGUGCUCCUCGCGACGCCCACUGCGCGCUUCUCACCCACGUGGGCACGAGUUGCUGCUGCAUGGCCCACUCUGUCUCCUCCCGUCUCUUAAUCUACUUCCUGUCAAAAGGCCUCUUUCUGAA